UGCUCUCAGCGUAACCACGUAGGCCUAAUGGAGAAAGGGCGAUGGGGAGUUGCUCCGUAGUUUUUCCUCGAAAAUCGUGGUCUAAAGUGGACAGACGGGAGUAGAACUGCACGCAGCAGCGAAAUGGCAUUCCGUGCACACCUCGACGUGAAGGGAAACUCCUCCAACCACCCCGUGAGCUGAGUAAAACUCGGGAGAUGUGGAGUCCGGUUUUUUGACAAAGUCCGGCGCGUUGGCGUGGCGUUUUGAAGUGAAACGGGCACUGCAGGGGAUAUAUAAUACACGGAAUACCUUCUGAUGUGUUUCCCCCCGUAACUAGAACCAAGUGAACGAAAGGUGCUUUCCAGAGUGCUGUGAGGCCAGCAGUGUUGUGGUGGCGGUCGUGAGUGGGGCUAGAAACAGCAGUCAGGGUGGUGGGAGUUGGUGUAGUUGGUCCACCCUGCUGUGGGCUCUACGACACUCCACCUCCUGCUUCUCCCUCGCUGUCGCGUUCAUUUCUCAUUCAAGUGGGCGUUUGUUGAAAAGGCACGGAGAACAAUUUGUCAGAAGGAAGAGGAAGGUUGAUAGCCUGUCCCACCUCAAGGAAUUGAUACUUCCCUCAAGUGUGUUGUCGUGAAGGUGUAAUGUAGUGCGUGAUGAAACGUCGUGUUGAUGAUCUAUCUGGUCGGGGAGAGGCAGUAUCAGGCAUUGUGAGUGCUGGGGGGGUUGCCAGUGGAAUUCCUCAGGGGGGGCAGGGGGCUCCUGGAGGACCUGGGGGGGCUAGUGGGGCACAAGGGGGCUAUGUCAGAGGACCUACAGUCACUCAACUGGGACCGCGUCCUGGACAGCCGAGCACGCCUGUAGCAAGCGCAGCAGUAGCGGCAGCAGGGACCCCUGUGCCUGGAGUGGUGCCUGUACCAGCAACAACUGCGGCCCAAGGAGGCACUCCCACUUCCAUUGAACAUCAGUCUCACAAUCCUACUCAUCAACCAGUUUUCGCAGGUUAUGCAGCUGGUAAAGUUGAGAUGCAUACCGGCGUUCAUCACACUGUUCCGGCUUACUCUGCCAGUCUGCCCACUGCACCUCCCCCUCAGGUCUCGGGGGUUGGUGGUGCUAAUGUGGUGCACCAAACAACCGCUGCUGCUGUAGGGGCAGCAGCCGCUGCAGCUGCUGCAGCAGGAGCAACUCAAGGAUCUGGUCAGUUCCAGAGAUUAAAAGUUGAAGAUGCUCUUUCUUACUUAGAUCAGGUGAAGCUACGGUUCGGAAAGCAGCCUCAAGUUUACAAUGACUUCUUGGACAUUAUGAAGGAGUUCAAGUCUCAGUCCAUAGAUACCCCAGGAGUCAUAGCCAGAGUGUCGCAGCUUUUCCGUGGUCAUCCAGAGCUCAUUGUCGGCUUCAACACCUUCUUACCGCCCGGCUACAAAAUUGAGGUGCAAGGGAAUGAGCAGGUGAAGGUAAGUGUUAGUGUUCCAGGACAACAGACAACAGUGGUUCAUACCCCUCAAGGUAUCCGCCAUCACAUCACCCCGACACACCAUCCACCGCCACCACCGCCACAGCCUGUUACUGUCAAGCCCCCUCAUCAUCCACAACCUCCAAGAUCAGCGUUGACAUCUGGUGGCGUAACACCACACACAGGACCAAGUUUAGUUGGCACUCACAGUGUUCACAGUGUAGCAGGAAGUGGCAGUGGGGCUGGGGGAGGUGGUGGUGGCAGCAGUGGCAGUGGAAGUGGGGGUGUUGGAGCUAAUAGUGGUAACACUGGGGGAGGAACAGCCAGUGUCAGUCAGGUAGCAAGCAGUGUUAGUGUUGGCAGCAGCACCCCCACAGGCACGAACUCCGGUAGCAGCUCUAAUGCCACCAGCAGCUCUGCAGGGGGUGCACAGCACUCCACCAACACAGCCCCCCAGCACCCCAGCCGGGAACCCCAGCCUCCCCCACCUCAUCAUCACCCCCACCACCACCACCAGCCUCCAGCACAACCUGUGGAGUUCAACCAUGCCAUUAAUUAUGUGAAUAAGAUUAAGUUGCGGUUUCAAGGCCAGCCUGACAUCUACAAGCAGUUCCUAGAGAUCCUUCACACUUAUCAGAAGGAGCAGAGACACAUUAAGGAUGGAGGAUCAAUUCCCGCCAGAACACUUACCGAGACGGAGGUCUAUGAAAAGGUUGCAAAAUUAUUUGAGAACCAAGAAGAUUUACUGCAAGAGUUUGGCCAGUUCCUACCGGAUGCAACUAAUAACUCGGCUGCCCAAGCGGCUGUGUCUGACUUUAUGGACCAGUAUCGCACUCAUCAUGGGAGUAAUAAAAAUGUAAGCAAUGAUCAUACCUCAGUGAAGAAACCAAACCUGAAAAGCAGCUGCGGUAUGGGAUCUGGAAAUAACAUGGUCAGUGGGCCUGGCAACCCCCCCAACAAAACAUCACCAAUGUUUAGCCAUCAGCUAAAGAGACCUCACCCAGGACCAACACAAAGCCACUCCCAUGGCCAUGCACAUGCCCAGCCACCUGUUAAGAAACCAAAAUUGGGAUAUCUCAAAGAUAUGAGUGCUGCAGAAGCUGGAAAACAUGCCACUCUAGCCGAGUAUGCCUUCUUUGACAAGGUACGGAAAGCGUUACGUCACGAAGAGACGUAUCACAACUUCCUGAGGUGCAUCACUCUGUACAACGAGGAAAUCAUCACGCGCACUGAAUUGGUGCAGCUAGUCCACCCAUUCCUUGCAAAAUUCCCAGACCUGCUGAAGUGGUUCAAGGAUUUUGUUGGAUACCGCGAAGGAACUCUAGGCAGCUCAGAUAUCAUCCCCUCAACUGUUGCCAAGCAGGAAAGGAUUAGUGGUGAUCUGGCAAUGGAGAUUGAUUACACAACAUGCAAGAGACUGGGAGCCUCCUAUUGCGCUCUGCCGAAGUCGUACCCCCAGCCCAAGUGUUCAGGAAGAACAGGUCUCUGCAAAGAAGUCCUUAAUGACACCUGGGUUUCCUUCCCCUCUUGGUCAGAGGACUCCACCUUUGUUACCUCACGGAAAACUCAGUACGAAGAGUACAUUUACCGUUGUGAGGAUGAAAGAUUUGAGUUGGAUGUUGUGCUAGAGACCAAUUUGGCAACAAUGCGUGUGUUAGAGGGCGUACACAAGAAGCUUCAGAGGAUGAGUCCGGAAGAGGCUGCAAGAUUUCGGUUAGAUGAUUCCCUUGGGGGUAACUCUCCAACGAUUCACCAGAGAGCCAUCAGGCGAAUAUAUGGUGACAAAGCUCCUGACAUUAUUGAUGGAUUGAAAAAGAAUCCAGUUGUUGCAGUGCCUUUGGUCUUAAGAAGAUUAAAAGCAAAGGAUGAAGAAUGGAGGGAAGCACAAAAAGGCUUUAACAAAAUUUGGAGAGAACAAAAUGAGAAAUACUACCUAAAAUCACUUGAUCAUCAGGGUAUCACCUUCAAGCAGACAGACAUCAAGACAAUAAGAUCCAAAAGCCUCCUAAAUGACAUCGAAACUCUGUUUGAUGAGCGGCAUGAGCAGCAGGAGGACAGUGGUGAGGUGAUCACUGGCCCCCACAUGGUGCUCCAUUAUACUGACAAGUCUAUCUUGGAUGAUGCAGCCAACUUGGUGAUUCACCAUGUGAAGAGACAAACCACUUACCAUAAGGAGGACAAGCUUAAGAUUAAGCAGAUAGUCAGACACUUUUUGCCAGACCUCUUGUUCCACACAAGGCAGGAAAUGUCUGACGAUGAGAAGGACAUGGAAGAGGAAGAAGAGGAAGAGGAAGACAACAAGAGUGAUGGAAAGUGUGAGAAUACAGGCCGCCGAGAUCUGCGAGAACGCGAGUGCAAACAAACCUCUUCCACCUCAUGUGCCACCACUAACAAUAAUUCCAAUAAGAGAAAAAGUAGAAGUAGAGGGACAGAUCCAGAAAAGGAAGGAGACACAAAGAGUGUGAGAGAAAGUGGGAAUAAUAACAAUAACAACAAUAACAAUAAAACCAAAGAUGAUAAUAAGAGUAAAGCUGCUCUUAAUGGUGAUGCAACAGAGGAUGAGAAAGUUAGCAUAAAGACAGAAGUAGAUGAUGAGAAACCAGACAUCAAGGAGGAGCCUGGGACCAACGGUAAUGGAAACCCUCAGUCGGAUGAUGAGUACAGAUUAUUCAUGUGCAACAACAACUGGUACCUGUUCCUCCGUUUACACCAAAUUCUCUGCUGCCGUCUUACCACCAUGUACGAACAUGCAGUGCGAAUAGCUGCUGAAGAAGCUAAGGAUCGGAAAGACCGUAAAGAAGCUACUGCUGUUGCCCUCAGACUCAAACCCAAAAAUGAGAUUGCUGUUGAAGAUUACUACCCCGCCUUACUGGACAUGAUCAAGAAUGUCCUGGAUGGUAAUUUGGAACCAACAGCGUACGAGGAUACUUUGAGGGAGAUGUUCGGAAUCCAUGCGUACACAGGCUUCACCAUGGAUAAAGUGGUUACUAGUGCUGUAAGGCAGUUACAACACCUGGUGUGUGAUGACCCCCCAGUCCAGUGCACCGCCAUGUACCUGAGCGAGGCAAAGAAAGGUGCUGCUGGCGGACCUUUAGCCUCUGCACACAGACGGCUGGCAGCAGAACAGGCCUAUCAGAAGAAGUCGGAGCGCUUAUUACAAGAUGAGAACUGCUUCAAAAUUUACACUUACAAAAGAAAUUGUAGAAUGACAAUAGAAUUGAUAGACACGGAGAUUGAAGAAGAGAAUGACAGUGGAGGCAGUGCAGGCUCAGCAGUUAGUCAUAACACCACAGUUCCUUCCUCUGCACACUCUGCAAUUCCACCUGCCGUUGCCGAAGUGGAAAGAUGGAGUGCUUAUGUUGAAAAAUAUGUUUCUUCCGUCGCACCUCAGAUGUCUCCUGCCAUGCAGGCCCAGCUGUCCAGAAAACCAGUAUUUCUCCCACGUAAUCUUCGAUCUUGGAGAAAACUGACAGCUGCAAGACAGACCAAUCAGGAAGUCGAAAAGGAUAGCUGUGCUGAAGAUGUAAAGCCUCCUGUGUGCCCUGAUAUGGAUAUUGUGGACAACACUCAGUGCAAGUUCAACCUCUCCUCCUUCAAAAUGGUAUUUGUAGUGAACAGUGAUUCCUACAUGUACAAGAAGCAAGCACUCAAGAGAGCAAAACAGAGUCAUGAACAUGUUAGUCGAAGGAUGCGCAGUGGCCUUGUUUCCUGGCACAGUGAUUGGUGCACAAGACACGUAUCAGAAGCAGAUCAACGAGCUGCUACUGACUGGUUCCUGGGGCACACAGAUGGGUUGCGGCCAAAUUGCACGAGAGUAGUGCGCAUUGACGAUCCUUCCCGACCCCCAUUUGCACCCUACAACAAGUACAAGUGUGAACUGGAAGAAAGUGGUGGGUCAUAACAUGUGGUGUUCACCUCACCGCCUCACUCAGCCAUUGUCAGACUGAUUAAAAGGGCGGGCAGAAUGAGUGUCAGUGGAGGAUCAAAAUCCCACACUGUGAGCUGUGACUUUUAACUUUGCUCUAAGAGCAAGAGUGUGUGGACGUCACCUCAAAGUACAAGAUUGUAGCAGGGAUGGUGGUGUGGACCGCAAGUCGCAGCGCGGAGGCAAGGAGUGGUGUUGGGGUGGGAAGAGACAGAUUGAAUAAUACACUGUCUCAGGUUGCAAUGAAGUGUUGAGCAUGUGUUCUGUAUAUUAUGCAUCAUAAUGCAUCAGUUAAUAUGAGUGAUUCCUGUGGAAGUUGCAAGACUGGAGAAGACCAAAACAUUUCGAGUUACUGAUGCAGAAAAAAAUAAAAAAUAAAAAAUAAAAGAAAAAAAUCAAUUGAUGUGCCUCACGAAUGCCUGUCAGUACAAUGUAGUAUUAAAAUGUAAAUGCGAGCUGCAGCAUUGAAGCAUCCCAGUGACAAGAAUCUGCCCUCGAGGGACUGCCCCAUUCACCAUCCGUUGCACUGCAUGGUCUCCACAGCACAAACUUGCUACUAAAUUUUGCAACAACUCCUUUCUAAUGUACUGUUGCUGGGACCGAGAGAGUGGACUCCUGAGUGAGCCAGUUGUACAAGUGAAUGAUAAUUAUAAUUUAUAGUUGUACAGAUGAUCUGAUAAUGUUUUUGUUAAUAAUGAUGUUUCCUUGUAUAAGACGGGAUUGAGGGGAGAUGUGGGUGGCAGUGGCAAAUUGUUGUGGGCUCUUCACAGGCCAAAUGAUUUUCCUUGAUGAAUAGGAAACAAUUAUUAAUUGGUUAUUUAUUACCAGAUAUAUAUAUAUAUACAGUGUAUAUAUAUAAAUAUAUAUGUAAUCAGGGAUAUGAAUUAUCAGUGGCUUCUUGGCAGCCAUAGUAAUUCAAUGAGAUCAAGUCAAGAGGCAAGAAGUUAUACAUAAAUGUGUAAAGUAUUUUAUAAGUAUUCUACAGCUUCCUUCCCACACCACACACAACUAAAAUUACAGAACACAUAUACACAAGCAUAUUUUCAUAUUCUACGGUUCUAAACAGUAUUCGGAAACUUUUAUUUUCUUUGUCUUUUUUUCACCCACUUUCUCCCACCCCCCCCAAAAAUACAUAAAGUAGAGUCCUAUUAUAGUUUUAGGUCACCAUGAACCCCUCAUCUCCUCUCGAACUCUGGACGUCUCAAAAAACUGCCGCGGCCUAUGACACUGUUUAGCUUUAAGAAGUCGAGCCGGCGCGGGUGUGCGUACUGCCAGAUUUUGUCUGAAAGAGGGUAUCCUGUUGCCAAGGAUGGGGCAUUGCAACACAAAAUACACACAAAAUUUAAAUGGGUUUCAUCUGGAGGCACUGCUGAAACCACUGCCAGGUAGGGUGGUGCAAGGGCAAUCCGAGAGGUUGUGAAAAGUGGUGUCUGGCAGCUGAGGAAAGAGCCAGAGGAACCACAUCUGAAUUUGUUAAAAUUGGAGUCUAAUUCUAAUUUGAAUACAUUUGGAUUAAUUUUUUUAAUAAUGUUUGUGUCAGUUGUACAGUCAUUACAUUUGUGUUGUGAACAUGUUCCUGCACCAAAAUAGACUGUAUGAUUUUCUCUUACUUAAAUAAUGGUGAGAGCCAGUCAUUUAAUAUAUAUUUUCUGCAUUUUUAACAUGCAAUUCCAUUUCCUCUAUUGUAAUAUUCAAGGACGAGCAUUUACUGCUUUUCACUCCAAACAUGCCAUGUUGAAUAUUGUGCCACGGGAAGAGGAUACUGUCCAGAAUAUCUCCUUUAAUCAACACAUGUCAAAUUAUUUUUUGUAGUACAAGUAUAGAAGGAAAUACAGCACACCUAAGUUGGUGACUUCCGUGUAUUUAGAGAAAUAUUUCUUUUCUAUCCCUCGUGUCAAUCACAGAAAGUGUUUGUAAUAGACAUAUUGAAAACAAUAAAUCUUUUUACAUUCUAUUGAAACAGA